AUGGAUGUCGACAAUCCAAAUACCCCCACCUCACGCGAUCCUCGCCUCGUCAGUCGAAACAGGCCAGCGCCAGCUAGGACAGCAUCUCUAGAUGCUGGCAUAUGGGGUUCUCCUAAUGGUUAUAAGUUAGGGGCACGGUCACCGAACAAUCCUCCGCCUAUUGACAGGCAAGAUGAGGCUCCUGGAGAUCAAUUCAUUCGCACGCUCUCAGAAUUGAUUAAAGCUGCUGUUGACACAGCUGCUCGAGAAGUCGAAAAGGAUAAGUUGCUGAAGAAGAAGGACAUGACAGAGGGUCUGUUGCGAAAGGCAAAAGCUGCGCCAAACUUCCCAUCAACCACAGCAUUUUUCCAGCAAGCUCGCAAGGAUGAAGAUUCUGAGUUGACACGAAUGGAUGAGACUAUCUCUAGACACCAAGCACACUAUCGACAACUAGAAAAUUCUCUCACGACCAAAUGGGUGCCUUUGCUUCUGCGCAACCAUUCUGAUUCGGACCAGAAGAUAAACAAACUACAGGAUGAAAUUCGGGCACUCAAGAAGCGAGCAGGAGAUUCAGAAUCAGGUGCAAGUCGUGAGAAAUAUCAGUUGCUAGAGACCAAGAUGAAGAUGCUUCAAGAUCGUGUCGUCCUACUCGAGAAGACUUCCGACAACUAUGCGACUUCCAUCAACACUCAGAUGAGAUACGAAAAAGAGAAUAAGGAACGUGUUGAUAAAUUGAGUUCAGAUAUUGCUCAAUUUGCCUCUCAGGAAACCAUACUGAAACACUUUUCAACAGAAGUUGAGGAGUUGAAAAGGAUCACGAUUGCCUUGGAUGCCAAGCUGAGCUCUUUGCAAAGGGCACAGGAGGAAUAUUCGGGUUCUCUCGGAAGAGUAAAUGAAAUUAUCGAUGCGCAACGGAAACGUCUCGAUGCCAGCAACGAUAAUUCUGCUACUUUUGAGAAAAAAUUCAAGGAAAUCCACGAGCGCCUGGCCCCAAUAGAAAAGGUCCAUGUAAUCCCGCCGGAGGGUCCAGCAACAGUUCCAAUUGACGCAUCUAAAAUUGAGUUGCGUUUAAAGAAUGUCGAAGACAAUUUAGCCAUGAUUCCCAGACCUGACUCAUCCUUGCGGUCGACAGUCCAGAAUCUAUCAGAACAACUCCAGCAAUUGCAAAGCCUUCAGGCGAUGAAAGACGAAUUUCAUUUCGCAGAAAUGGAGGAGAUUAAGAAAUCAACCGUCGACAAAGCCGACAUACAAUCAUUGAAAGACAACUACAGCCGCCUUGCUGACGAAACACGGAGAAUAAGCCAGUUGGACCGUGCAGGAGCUGUAGGACAAGCUGAGAUACAGUCAUUGAAAGACAGCUACAGCCGCCUCGCAGGAGAAAUACAAAAAUUCCAGUCGGACCGUUCAGGAGCUGUAGAUCAAGCUGAGAUACAGUCAUUGAAAGACAGCUACAGCCGCCUCGCAGGAGAAAUACAGAAAAUCCAGUCGGACCGUGCAAUAGCCGUGGAUAAAGCUGAGAUACAGUCAUUGAAAGAGACCUGCAGCCGUCUCGCUGAAAAUAUACAGAAAAUGAGCCAGUGGAACCCCGCAGCAGCCCUUCAGCAAAUUCACACGGUAGACGUGAAAAUCAACACAGUCGAUGCGGCACUGAAAAGUUCUAAUCGCCUACUCGAGAGUGUGCGCGUUGGCCUCCAUUCCCUGGAGACACGUUACAACCACCUCUCCACUGAAAUGGUCGUAAAGAACAUGGUUGUUGCCAUGCAAGAGAUGUACCCCUCUGCAGGCCAAUUGACAGAGCAGAUCACAACCUUGAAAAAUCAAGCUGAGAAAGAAAUAUCAUCCCUGAAAAAGACCAUUGAGCAGCUCGUCCAGACCCAAAAUAGUCAGAAGGCUUUGGUAAAUUGCCUUCAAGACGACGUCGGCCAGCGUUCAGCAGAAAUAACCCAUCUCAGGGACCUUUUUGGAAAGGUUGCUCAUCAGGUCUCUGCUCUCACGGAACAGCUAGAGGAGGUACGUGCUUUGCCAGAUAAAAAAGGCAAAGAGGUUGCCGAUGGUCAAAACAGAAUUGAGUUGAAUGAAUCCUUCCGCGAAUUGAAAGACCAGGUCCAAAACUUAUCCAGUGGCCUCAACCAGAUGAAAGUCGUGAUGAGUGAAAUCACCCUAAAUAAAAAGGAUUUGCAAUCGCUCGAUGAUCGGUUCCGCUGCUUAGAGGAAUCUGUGCCGGUCAAUCAUCGGGUUUUGUCAGAGCAGAUUAAUACACUCAAGGAUUCUUUGGAAACCCAUAAAUCCAUAGUACAGGCGCUAGAUUGUCUCCCAGCCAGUGGGAUGCAAUCACUCAAGCGAGAACAGAGCCCUUCGGGAUCAGAUGCCGCCCCACACACGAACUUUGUUGAGAUGACCGAGACCAAUCCUGCGUUGGCAUUGCGCGAGAAGAAAAGAAAGAAGAAACGACCACGCCCUCCAACUCUAUCCGACAAUGAAAAUGAGAGGUCAUCUGGUUCUAGAAACGAGUCUCCCAUGAUAUUCUCUUCACCAGCUCAUACGUUGGACAAUGAAGUUGCAUCACCUUCGGAGAACAAGAGAAAGACCAAGAAGAAGAAAAAACGCAGGUUGAUCACGGAGGGUCCCAUCACCAUAGACUAG